GCCGCGUCUCCGGCACACUACGUGCCCACAAAAUGAUUCCUCUGUACAUCGGCAUGCGUCAGGGAGGGUGGGGCGGGUGUAGCUCCACGACUUUGUGUGGCAGCGGCAGUCACACGGUUUCUGGAGAAAAAAAAAAAAGCAAGACACAAGAGAAGCACGUGUAGUGGGUGGUACUCAGCACACUGCUUUCACGUGGCUCUAGCGAGCUCCGAGCACGGCCGUCAGUCCAGUGGCAACAGCAGGAGACAGCAUCAUGGCUGUGGAGAUGGAGCCUGCGGAUGUGAUCCGCCUGAUAAUGCAGUACCUCAAGGAGAACAACCUCUACAGAACAUUGACCACCUUACAGGAGGAAACCACCGUCUCGCUCAACACAGUGGAAAGCAUCGACAGCUUCAUUGCAGAUAUAAAGAGCGGCCACUGGGACUCCGUCCUGCUGGCCAUCAAGUCCCUCACGUUGCCGGACAACACACUUAUUGACCUUUAUGAGCAGGUUGUAAUGGAGCUCAUUGAAAUGAGGGAGGUGGGAGCAGCACGCUCACUCCUCAGACAAACUGACCCGAUGAUCAUGUUGAAGCAGACGCAGCCAGAGAGGUACAUCCAUUUGGAGAACCUGCUAACAUGCUCCUACUUUGACCCUCGUGAGGCGUACCUGAAAGGCAGCAGCAAGGAGAAGCGGCGCAGGGCCAUAGCCGAGGCCCUGGUGAGGGAGGUCAGCGUGGUGCCCCCUUCACGUCUCAUGGGGCUCCUGGGACAAGUUGGCUCUAUGAGAAUACAGCAGUAUCCAGGUCAAGUGUUCCCUGACACGACCAUCGAAACAUCUGGCAACAAGGACAAACAUGUGGAGAAGGAGAGCUUUCCAACACAGCUGUACCGCCACAUCAAGUUUGGGAGGCGGUCACAUGUGGAGUGUGCCCGUUUCUCUCCUGAUGGCAAGUACUUAAUCACUGGAUCGGUGGACGGGUUCAUCGAGGUCUGGAACUUUAACACUGGAAAAAUUAGUAAGGAUUUAAAGUACCAGGCCCAAGACCACUUCAUGAUGAUGGAUGAUGCUGUGUUGUGUAUGUGCUUCAGUCAGGACACAUAUCUACUGGCAACUGGAGCUCAGAAUGGCAAAAUAAAGGUGUGGAAUAUCCAGAGUGGCCUGUGCCUGUGCAGGUUCGAUUAUGCCCACAACAAAGGUGUGACUUGUCUAAGCUUCUCCAAGGACAACAACCAGAUCCUCAGUGCCUCCUUCAAUAAGACCAUCAGAAUCCAUGAAUUGAGGUCAGGCAAGUUGCUGAAGGAGUUAAACGGCCAUUCAUCGUUUGUGAAUGAUGUAUCCUUCACUCAAGAUGGAUUUCACAUCAUCAGUGCCUCCUCUGACGGCACAGUUAAGAUUUGGAAUACAAAAUCCUGCGAGUGCAUCCACACUUUCAAAUCUCCGUCCUGGACAUCAGGAGUCCCUGUCAACAACGUGAUUCCUCUACCCCAAAAUCCAGAACACUUUGUGAUUUGCAACCACUCCAACAUGGUGGUCAUCAUGAGCAUGCACGGUCAGACUGUGAAGACCUUAAGCUCAGAUAGAAAGGAAAAGGCCGACUUUGUGUGCUGCACCCUGUCGCCCCACGGGGAGUGGAUUUACUGUGUGGGAGAGGACUUGGUGCUGUACUGCUUCAACUAUACGACAGGAAGGCUGCAGAAAACGCUGACCGUACAUGAGAAAGAUGUAAUUGGCAUCGCUCACCACCCACAUGAGAAUCUGAUUGCCACAUACAGCGAGGAUGGCCUCCUAAGGUUAUGGAAACCUUGAACUGUCUCCUGCAUCGUGAAAUGGAAGACCCAGAGAACCUCACAAGCGGUUAUAAAGCAAUUUAUUCAUUUCAUACAAAAAAAUGGAUUAAUAAAACAAAUGGAUACAUGAAUCCAUCAGUAAUUAUUUGCCAUACGGUCCAUUUAGUAUCUGGUCUGGAGCUUUGGGUCAUGAUCUUUAUCAGCAGAUGAUUUUUUCCCAGUUGUCAUGGGAUUUUGUCAACAAGUUCAGGGUACAGCCAACGACUCUCAUUUGUUAUGUCUGAUGGUAGAUUAGAAAGAUUUUGCUACACAGGGGAAAAGUGGAAAAUUAAUAAAGUUGGCAAAUGAAAAAAAGUAAACAGGAGACAAGUUGGUAAAUCAAAAUGGAAAUUGAGAAAAUAGUCGUUUCAAUCUCUCUUUUAAAGAUAAAGGAAUAAGGAAGACAAUGUUCUGUAAUUUCUAAUAAUAACAAGACUAUUACAUAAUGAUAUUGUUAGUGAUUUCCAUGAAUAGACCACAAUCAACUUUCCAACUUCCGCUCAGCCCAAAGUAGUUUCAGCUGCAGACAAAUGCACAUUUGGUACUCUGGUGAGUAUUUAGAGCAGCAGGAUGGUGUAUGUGAUGUUGACUAAAUAAAUUGACGUGUUUUAUAUCCGGCUUUGGACCCACAGUACUUGUUAGUGGGAUCAAUUCAGUGUUGGUUUUGGGUCUUUGGAUUUGACAAUAAGAAAAAAAAUAUCGAAUAUCAAAAGGUAUCCUUUAAGCAUAUUGUUAAACUCAUUUAUAAACUCUAAGUGGGUCUUAAUGAACACAUUUCUUUUUAUUUGUAACACAUUGUCAUUUUUUUAUACAUUGUUUUUAAUUGAUUAAUGAAUUUGUAAGGUAAUUUCUUUAUAAACGUUUGCAGUACUGUCUACGACCUUCAUACUGUAUACACACACACACACACUCAUGGAUUUAACAUCACUCGUGCAGUUUGAAUCCCCAUCUCUUCUGUCUUUAUUAGACAUGAAAAUGCAUGAUGGUGAACUGUCGUGGAAAUAUUUAUAUUUAAAAAGCGCUUCUUGUUUGGGCAUAAACAAACAAUAUCAGGUAUAUUAUUUGACAGCUUUGGUUUAUAAUAAUACUUUUGUAACUUUGAUUGACUUUGAUUCAGGUGCAAUGACUUGUUUUGUCUUCAGUGUUCCCUGCAUGCUACCUCAGUACACGGUCUAAAUGUGGCUCUACAAUAAUUUUAGUACAACUAAAAAAUAUGCAUGACUGAUGAUAAACCUCAAUGGAGCUCCGAUGACACAUUCUGUAACAUGGGUGUAUAUAAUAAAUGUAACAAACGUGGUCACAUUAUUGUCAGUUUGGUAAACCAACUGUAAUCUGUGUUCCUGUGCAUCAGUAUCCCUGCAAGAAACAGAGCUACUGCCUUGACCAGUAUUUAUUUGUAUUAUAGUAUUUCUUACUUUCUAUCAUCUGUCUCUGUACUGUUAUCCAUAUAUCAUUAUUGAAAAUUGUUAUGUCAUUACACUCUAUUUUAUAUUUGUUGUAUACUA